AUCUAGUUUAUGUUCUCUAAAGGCUAAUAUAGAAUUUCAUUUUUUUACUACCCAAGUGCCCUGUGGAGAUGCAUCAAUUUUUCCAAAAAGUUUAGAUGAAGAUUUUGGAAAUUGUUUAAAUAAGGAAGAAAUGGAGUAUACAGAUUAUAAAGUGCCUAAUAAAAAGAUUAAAAUUGAUGUUAAUGUAACAGGGGCAAAAUGCUUACCCCAAAUGGAAGUUCAGGAUUUAAAGUCGCGUUAUGCCUUCUGUGAUAUCGUGGGUAAAGUUAGAACAAAACCAGGUAGAGGAUCGCCAACGUUAUCUGUUUCAUGUAGUGACAAAUUCGCAAAAUGGUGUCAUUUAGGAUUCCAAGGUUCAUUAAUAAGUUUACUAUUAAGUAAUCCUAUAUUUAUGAAGACGCUUAUUGUGGCAAGCAAGUCUUAUGAUCUAACUGCUUUACAAAGAGCUCUCUACAAUCGGUUUAACAGAGAUUGCUUACAAGGGUUAUUUGGUGGUAUCAAACAAGCAGAAAUUGUUCAAUUAGAGGAAAAUUUUGAAUUCUGUAAGGCAGACGAUAAAUACCCUUGCCCGUGCAGUAUUAUCUGGAGCAAAACUAAAUAUAAGCCCUUUGAAGUUGCUGUUGAAGGUAAACGCCAAGGCGUUACAAAAAAUAAAUCAAAUACUAAAGCUGCAAGACUGCAAAUUUGUAAAAUGGAACUAUUUCGUUGUUUUACUAAUAUUUUAGAAAACAAAAAACUUGAAUUAAGCAAAACAUUUUUGAAAAAUCAAACGUAUCUUGCAAUAAAGUUAAGUGCAAAAGAUUACCAAAUAAAGUGGAAAUAUUUGCAGAAAAAUGGUUUUAAGGCAUGGACAUGCAAAAAUAAAGCGUUGGAAGAUUUUAAAUUAGAUUAGACAUUUAUAAAUAAGGUAAACGUUUUAUGUAAUGAAUUAUUUUUUACUAUAAAUAAAAUUAAAUAAAUUUUUUAAUAAAAA